AUUCGCUAUCCCAUAGUCCCCCGCGCGCAGUCCGCCAUGUUGAGUUCAGCUGACAAGGUUCGGGUCGUCUGCAGCCGCACAAAUUCAGAUAUCUGAAGACACACCUUUAAGUGAAGGUCAUCAGAAAGUGAAAGUUGUGUGUAGAGAAGACGCCCUAAGGACCGACCAUGUGGAGGUAACACUACGGAAGGACUGAUGAACCCUUAAGAGACAGAGAACAAAGGCACAUGUUAAAGGUCUGAUGUGUGAGUCAUGAGACUGAUCAGCUCGCGGACCAACUUCAAGGCGCUAUGGCUGGUGACGUUCAUCUUCUGCGGUCUCAGCGUGACGUUCUGGAGUCGGCAGUGCCCCGAGGAGAGCCAGGCCCGCGCCCCGCUGGCCCGCGGCGACAGAGACUACUACGAUAACGACAGGCCCGCGGCGGAGGAGCUGCCCGGGGCCGUGAAGGCGCCGCCGCACCACCUGAGCAUCCUGACGGCGGACAGCGGGCAGCUGGCCGGGAACCUGGCGGGCGGCAACGCGCUGGCGGGCGGCAACGCGCUGGCGGGCGGGCGGCACAAGUACCAGCCCAUGGAGUGCCUGAUUAAUGAGGAGUACAGCAUCGAGUGCCGACGCGAGAACGAUGAGGUCUACCUGCCCUUCAGCUUCCUGGAGAAGUACUUCGAGGUUUCCGGGCACAUCGCGGAGUACGACGGGUACGACAGGUUCGAGUGGCAGCACAGCUACUCCCGGAUAUACCAGCCGCGCGGCCCGUACACGCCCGCCGGCAUCUUCAUGUCAUUCGAGAACUACAACGUGGAGAUCAGGGACAGGGUCAAGGCCAUCAGCGGGGUCGAAGGAGUGCCGGUGUCGACCCAGUGGGGGCCCGACCCGUACUUCUACCCGAUCCAGAUCGCCCAGUUUGGGCUCAGCCACUACAGUAAGAACCUGACGGAGAAAGAGCCUCGCGUAACCGUGUACGAGCGUGGAGACGGCCGGGUGGGGACCAGAUGGGAGGUGCCGGGGAAACUGUCGCCGGGGAAACUGUCACCGGGGAAACCAGUGCAGCUAGAGUCGGUUACAGACAAGGACUGUGGCUGCAGGGUCCUACAGUUCAGCACAGGUGAGACUCUAGACUCUUAUUUACAGGUGUUCAGCACAGGUGAGACUGUACACUCUUAUUCACAGGUGUGUAACACAGGUGAGACUGUACACUCUUAUAUACAGGUGUUCAGCACAGGUGAGACUAAGCAGUACAUACUGCACUACACCUCGGGUCAGCAGCUCAUCUCUGCCCGCGGAACCAGCAUCUACUACGGCCUCGGGCCCCGCACCGACUGGAGCCUCGUCACCCGCGACCUGCUCUGCGACCUCAGGAAGGGCGUCGGCCUCUCCAACUCCAAAUCUGUCAAGAAGACAAAAAUCACCAUCAAAAGGGUGUCAAAGGUCGUCCUCCAGGGCAAGGGGCGGAUCAGCAACAUCACCAUGGCAACCUCCUCGCACAUCCCGCAGUUCUUCGACGCUGCUGAUUGGUUUGUCCGUAACCAGGACGACCGUGGCGGCUGGCCGAUAAAUGUGAUCCGUAAGCUUGUUGACGGGAUGCAGGAGUUGCCGCCGGGCUGGUACUCCGCCAUGGCGCAGGGCCAGGCCAUGUCCACGCUCACACGGGCGUUCCUCAGGACUAGAGACAGGCGAUACCUGGACGCCGCGCUCAGGGGAACCAAACCGUUCCGCGUGCCGUCCGAGAGCGGGGGCGUGCUGGCCGUGUUCAUGAACAAGCACCGCUGGUACGAGGAGUAUCCCACCACGCCAAGCUCCUUCGUGCUGAACGGGUUCAUCUACUCCCUGAUUGGUCUGUAUGACCUGAAGGAGACCGCGCCCGCGCAGGAAGGCCGGGAGGCUGCCGAGCUGUUUGAGGAAGGGAUGCGGUCGCUGAAGGCCAUGAUGCCUCUGUACGACACGGGCGCCGGCACCGUGUACGACUUGAGACACUUCAUGCUGGGCAUCGCCCCCAACAUCGCCCGCUGGGACUACCACACGACCCACGUCAACCUGCUGCAACUACUGGUGUCCAUCGACCCCGACCCAGCCCUGGCAGCCACCCUCAGGAGGUGGGUCGGUUACACCAAGGGCAGGAGGGCCAAGCACAACUAAAACCUUUUACAUGUAUGUACAGGAGGGCCAAGCACAACUAGAACUCUUACAUGUGCUGGAGCGCCAAGCACAACUAGAACUCUUACAUGUACAGAAGCUUAUAUCUGCGGGUCGGCUACACCAAGGGCAAGAGCGCCAAGCACAACUAGAACUCUUACUUGUGCUGUAGGGCCAAGCACAACUAUACUUGACAUGUACAGAAUAUUAUAUUUGUAUCAAAUAAGAAAAGAGCUAUCUGUCCACAUAGUGUUACAUUUCAAGGAAGAAAUUUAGCUGAAGUAUACAUUUUUAGUUAUUGUUUCCUUGAAAUUUUUAUGAUGACAAUUAUUGUUACAUAUAAAAAGCAACAAUUACUAUUGAUAUGAACAAGUUGAAACUUUGAGGAUAGCAAGUAACAGAACUUCUUAAUGACUGUGGCAGUCCAUGUUUGAAUUGAUCGCUGCAAAUGUUUGCAUGUUAGGCAGAACAGGUGCAGCUUUGAUAUGUUGUAUGUAACCAACAUUCCUACACGAACUGGUAUGAAUUUUAUUUGCAACAAUGUCCCAUUCUACAGAAUGGGAAUCUGUUGCAAGUUGUACAGAUAGGAAUUGAUGUUUCUUAUUAAUUUUGGCUCAGUUAUGAUUUGAAUUGACCAAUCAUGUUGGUGAUCUGUGAAACUGGUUCAUGUGAUUGGCCAGUACAUCAAUGGUGUGCUGCUGGAAAGAAAAUUCUGCCCUAAAAAUUUGCUAUAAGAAGUAGUUUUGUUAUGACAGAAAAAUGAACUUGCUUUCCUGAUUCCCUUUCCUUGAUGUCUUACAAUGUUACUUUUUCUAAACUUCUACAUGUACAGCUUGUUUUAUUUCAAAGUUAUGGAAAGUCAAGUUGAUGUAAUGAUAGUUACAGGAUGUAGGUACAAGGGAAAUGCUAUUUGUUGAGCCCCUUUCAGUGGAUGGAGACUGUUCAGUAACCAAAAUGUCAUUACUAUGACCUAUAUAUGACUUUAAUGAAAUACAACCCUUCUCUGAUGGAAAAGAAAGAAUUUACCAGUAGAGGAUGCAGGAUGAGUUUUGGUUGCUGAAGGGUUUUCAGUGGAGGGGGUGUUAAUGGUUGCUGUGCCUCAUGGGUUUGUAAUGUGCUAAUUAGAAAGCAAUGUUCGGCUGUAAAUAUGCAUAAAAGGGUUUCAGAGGGAUAUAUGAUGUAUAAACUACUGAUAGUGGCAAAGGGUGGAACUUUGGUGCGUAAUGUUAUGGUAAGGAUUGGAUUUUGCACAGUUUUAUGUAUAAUUUUUGUGCGAUCAGACUGCCUAAUUAAUAUGAAAUGAUGACAGUAAAAUCGUGGGGUGGGGGGCGUGGCAUGCUGCACAGAACACAGAACUGAUUCCCCAUGUAGCGUUUAGCAGGAGUACUUUGGAAAGUAUUGCUGGAAGGAUUGGAAAUGCUGACACAAGAAGUUACACACCUGUCACUUUUCUUGAAAACCCUUAACAAUGGAGUUGUAAAUAAUGGAGUAUGUAAACAUGUUCGCUCUUUGUAUUUAUUUCUGGUGCGGUUGAUUUAAGAACUUCCUAUUCACGGGUGGACAACAAAUCACCCGGCUGUACUUAAAGUUGUUUUUUCUACAGAAGGCCACACCAAUCUUAUUUGGUUCUUGAUUCUUACAAACCGAACUGAACUGGAAAAACAACAGGAACUUUGAACUGGUGUGGUUUGAUGGAGUGAACAUAGUCUCCAAGUUUUCCUGCCCUCUCUCAGUUCUCCUGAUGUCUGAGUUUUCACCUUGAUUUAUCCUAGAACCAUGUAGAAGAUUUGGUGUGGCCGAAUCAACUCAUGAUGCACCAAAGACUCUGCCCACGUCAGGAGAAUGUAUAUAGCUCAUGUCAGUUUAAGAAAAUAGUUAAGAAGUACAUCAAAAGGACUAAAAUAGGUUUAGGAUGUGUAUAAAUGUCUCAGUGUGGCCUUAAAGUUUUUUGGAACCGAAAAAUUGUAUUUUUUGCCAAGGUUCAUCAGUAUUUUUGUUUUGCAGGGCUUAGAGCAAACCAUAACAAUUAGAGUAGAAAUAACACUUCUAUAGCCAUUCAGGCUGUAAGCACUCACAACCCUGAUGGGCGGCUGAAAACUUGGGGCACUGAACUUUUCACAAUUCCAGAAAUAUCACUUCGUCAUAGCAACGGGUCUAUGUUGCCAUAGUAAUGAUUUGGUUUGUCCCCUGAAGUACUAAAAAGUCUUCAUUUUCCCCCACCAUGUAAAGGGCCUGAGAACCUUUUCACAAGCUGCAGUUGACCAGAAUCUGCUUCUGUGUUAUUUGUAUCUUGUUUUCCUUCUGUUGAGUUCAGUGCUAGCAGUUAGGCAGGGAGUUUCCUUGGUUUGCCUGGGACUGAACCAUUUGAACUCUAACUACAUGCUAGCACAACAUGUAGUGACAGUCUUGUUUGGGCUAUGCAAUAAUUGAAGCUUGGGGAUGUCAUAUGAAUAUUGAAGCCAAGAUUAGCACGGCCGCUCCUUCCGCACGCUAAUCCUGACUCUGCUGUGAGGUCAUUCCUGUUUUAUCUGGUUCCAUACUAUUUUGUGUUAUUACUGUUGGUGUUGUUAAGCCUGUCCUAUCCAAUACAGAAUCUGAUUGUUCUUAUCCUGUUUGUUCUUCGAGGUAACAGAAUAAACUAUAGCGAUGACGGAUGUACAAUAUCAUGUAUGGAUUAUUUUGCAGCCAGGAACUAUACUUUUCUGCCUUUGUAUGGAAGUGUCUUUUCAACUGUGAAAAACAAUUAAACAUUAAUCAAUGAACA